AUCUUCGGGCGGCACCACCCCCUUGGCCGUCUACACGCGCGUAGGAACGAAUAGUCUCUGGACGCCGGAAAUCCGGGACACGUGACCAGGUGACAGCCCUCGCUCGGUGGCGGGGCUCGCUUGAGGUGCUGCGGCACGGGAUGGCGGAGGCGCCUCCGGUCUCAGGCACUUUUAAAUUCAAUACAGAUGCUGCUGAGUUCAUUCCUCAGGAGAGAAAAAAUUCUGGUCUAAAUUGUGGGACCCAAAGAAGACUAGAUUCUAAUAGGAUUGGCAGAAGAAAUUAUAGUUCCUCACCUCCCUGCCACCUUCCUAGACACAUCCCUUACGAUGAUGUCUCUGCUGUUCACCAGCACGGUUAUGCCUCCGGAAGCAAGCCUAAGAGUCCACAGGGUUUUUUCCAGUCAUCUAAUAAAUCACUCAAGAACCAUGGGCUUCAGAAUCAGCCAUGGCAGAAAUUAAGGAAUGAAAAGCACCAAAACAGAAUCAAGAAAGCACAAGGGCUCACUGAGCAGACGUCAGAUACAUCCAGUUUAGAAAGCGUAGCCAGAUCCGAGAGUGGAACAAACCCUAGAGAACACAGCCCUUCUGAGAGCGAGAAGGAGGUAGUUAUUGCAGAUCCCAGGGGAGCGAAACCCAAAAAAGCCACGCAGCUUACAUACAACUAUGGCCGAGGGCCAAAGGCCAAAGGGAGACUCAGAAGCGAGUGGGGUAACAGAAUGAGCCCAAAGUCUGAGGAUGAAAAUACCAGACCUGUGGCCAUUUCCCACUCUGACUCUUCAGAAGCCUCCUGUAGAAAACCUGUAGUGGAUCCAUGUGUGUGCAGACGGAGUGAGCAGAGGAGAUAUCCCCAGAAAAGGCCUCCCUGGGAAGUAGAGGGGGCCAGACCACGACCAGGCAGGAACCCACCGAAACAGGAGAGUCAGCGGCAUAUAAAUGCAGGGCCCAAAAACAACAUGCCCCCCCUUCCAAAGGAUAAUCUCAGAGAGAGGCCAACGAAGUCAGCCUGCGACACUGGGAAUUUGGCAGUUGUCACCAAGUCUUCCAGAAGAGUUGACCAAGAGAAAAAUGCUGGAAGGAGACAGGAUCCUCAAGUGCUGUCUCCUUUUCCCAGAGGCAAGCAGAACCAUAUGCUGAAGAAUGUGGAAACACAUACAGGUUCCCUGAUUGAGCAGCUAACUACAGAAAAGUACGAGUGUAUGGUGUGCUGCGAGUUGGUUCAGGUCACAGCCCCGGUGUGGAGCUGCCAGAGCUGUUUCCAUGUCUUUCAUCUGAACUGCAUCAAGAAAUGGGCUCGCUCUCCAGCGUCCCACGCAGAUGGCCAGAGUGGUUGGAGGUGCCCGGCUUGUCAGAAUGUUUCUGCACAUGUUCCCAGUACCUACACUUGUUUCUGUGGCAAAGUAAAGAACCCUGAAUGGAGCAGAAAUGAAAUUCCGCACAGUUGUGGUGAAGUUUGUAGAAAGAAACAGCCUGGCCAGGACUGCCCACAUUCCUGUAAUCUUCUCUGCCAUCCUGGACCCUGCCCACCCUGCCCUGCUUUUACAACUAAAACAUGUGAAUGUGGACGGACCAGGCACACGGUUCGCUGUGGUCAGCCUGUCUCAGUCCACUGUUCUAAUGUGUGUGAGAAUAUUUUGAACUGUGGUCAGCACCGCUGUGCUGAGCUGUGCCAUGCGGGUCAGUGCCAGCCUUGCCGGAUCAUAUUGAACCAGGUGUGCUACUGUGGCAGCACCUCCCGAGAUGUGUUGUGUGGAACCGAUGUGGGCAAGUCUGAUGGAUUUGGGGACUUCAGCUGUUUAAAGAUAUGUGGCAAGGACUUGAAAUGUGGGAGCCAUACCUGUUCUCAGGUUUGCCACCCUCAGCCCUGUCAGCCUUGCCCAAGGCUCCCCCAUUUGGUGCGAUAUUGCCCUUGCGGCCAAACACCUCUCAGCCAGUUGCUGGAACAUGGAAGUAAUGGUCGGAAGACGUGCAUGGAUCCUGUUCCUUCCUGUGGAAAAGUGUGUGGCAAACCCUUGUCCUGUGGGUCCUCAGAUUUCAUCCACACCUGUGAAAAGCUCUGCCAUGAGGGAGACUGUGGGCCGUGCUCUCGAACAUCAGUUAUUUCCUGCAGAUGCUCCUUCAGAACAAAGGAGCUCCCAUGUACCAGUCUUAAAAGUGAAGAUGCUACAUUCAUGUGUGACAAGCGGUGUAACAAGAAGCGAUUGUGUGGGCGGCAUAAAUGUAACGAGAUCUGCUGUGUGGACAAGGAGCACAAGUGUCCUUUGAUUUGUGGGAGGAAACUCCGUUGUGGCCUUCAUCGGUGUGAAGAACCUUGUCACCGAGGGAACUGUCAGACCUGCUGGCAAGCCAGCUUUGAUGAAUUAACCUGCCAUUGUGGCGCCUCUGUGAUCUACCCACCAGUUCCCUGUGGGACUAGGCCUCCUGAGUGUACCCAGACCUGUGCGAGGAUCCAUGAAUGUGACCAUCCAGUAUAUCAUUCUUGUCAUAGUGAGGAGAAGUGUCCCCCUUGUACUUUCCUAACUCAGAAGUGGUGCAUGGGCAAGCAUGAGGAGCUCACAAUUAAGAAACUUUGGACUUUUAAAGAGACUUUGGACUUUUGAAGUGUUGGAAUUUUUGAAGACUUUGGGGGGCUUUUUUUGGAGUUGGACUAUAUUUUAUAUUAAGAUUGUUACCAUGAGAUUUGGGGACAAGAAAUGGAAAGUUAUUGCACAAAGUGACAUAUUUGUUUGCUAAGUUGACAUGAAAUGAAUUGUGCUGGUUUAACUGUCAACUUAACACAACCUAGAAUCACCCAGAAAGAGUCUUAGUGAGGAAUUGCUUAGAUCAGAUUUGGUUUAUGGGUGUGUCUGUGGGGGAUUGUCUUGAUUGUUAAUUGAUGUGGGAAGACAAAGCCCACUGUGAGAGGCACCAUUCCCUAGGCAGAAAAUCCUAAACUGUGUGAACGAAAAAAUCAAGCUGAACAGCAAGCAAGCAACAUGCAUGUAUUCAUUUCUCUCUUCCCUUGACUGUGGACAUGAUAAGACUAGCUGCUGGAGUUCCUGCCUUGACCUAAUGCAAUAAUGAGCUGUAACCUGGAAUUGUAAGCCAAAUAAACCCUUUCCUCCUCUAUGUUUCUUUUUGUCAGGCUAUUUUAUCACAGCAACAGAAAUGGCAAGGGUCCUGUGACUCAUCUAUAUCCCUAGCCAAUGAAAGAAAAUUGUGUUGUAUAACCAGGGAUAUGUGAUACUUGCUUCUCCUACUCCAAGAUGACAUAUUUUCUAACCUGCUCUUGUUACUUCAUAACAUAAUUCUUGAUAUCUGUAACAUGUUUUCAAUAUUCUUUUAUCUUUAGUGGACUUUCUUUUCUGUACAUAUUUCCUAUGGUAGUUUUGUUUGUUUUACUGUGUAGCCCUGGCUGGCCUUAAACUCACAGAAGCCACACUGCCCAGCCUCCUGCGAUAGCUCUUAAGUCUCUAUAAAUUGUGUGUGUAUGUGUGUGUGCAUGCGCUUGCUUAGAGGCAGGAUUUUAUAUUGGCCUCAAACUUGCCAUGUAGCCAAACAUCUUGAUUUCCUGUUUCUCUUGCCUCUGUGCCUCAGGUGCUGUGAUUACAGGCAUGUGCCACCGUGUGCAGAUUGUGAAUCUUACUUUCUCUGUUAGUUUAUCUACCAUAAAAUACUCGUUUAUUAGCUUUAGUCAAUAAAUAAUAAUCGAAUAUGUAAUCUAUGCCGGGUAACAGAGGAGGUGUGGGGUGACUGAGAAGUUAACAAGACCGACACACCCCUGCCUAUAGGGAUCAAUCAUUCAGGGAUGGACAUGUAGUCAGAAACAGACGGUUGUGAGUAGAGUAAUUUGAGGACUGCAGAGUCCUGGGGAGAUAGUUCCUGCCAAAGAAAGGCAUUCUAGAGGAAGAAGCUCAUACAGGACACUAAGGUAAUACAGUAAGCCAGGCAUGAGUCAUGCAUGGGAAGCAAGAGCACAGCGUAAGCACAAGGUCUCCCUGAGUCCAAAGUGACUGGGAGCAUGUGUGUUCUACAUCUGGAGGCCUCCAGUGUUAGAAGUCAGGUGUCAUGGCAUCUGGACACACUAGCAUGUGCUUGUAAAUCUCAGCAUUAGAAAGGCUGAGAGGCAGAUUGAGAGUUGAGGCCAGCCUAGGUGACCCCAUGACAAAAUUAAAAAGUCAUAAAAAUUAUCUCCACAUUCAAGGGCUCUUGAAGGAAUUUGAGGGAAUCUAUGAGAGUGACCCUGAAGCCAAGCUCAGUAGCUCACUCCUGUAAUCCAGCACUUGGGGAAGUGUAAGCAGGAGGAUCAGUUCAAAGCCAGCCUGUACUGCAAGACCCUGUUUCCGAAAAGUAAUCUUUGAUCCCAUAGUAAUGAAUUUCCAAUGUAUUUAACAGCCAUGGGAGACCUAGAAGCAGAUAAUUUCUCAAGAAAUAAAAUGAGUUGGGAGUUUC